AUACGCUUGUUAUAUUAAUUAACAACCUAUUAAAAACUAAAUAUUUUUCUUAUUUCUUGAUGAUUUGAAUUGUUUUUAAAAAAAUAAUUAUUGUUUUUUAAUUUUAAUUUUAGAUUAAAAUAUAAGGUAAGAUUUUUGGUGCAACAGACUGUCCUUUUCACAAAUAUUUUUUUUCAGACGCCUUCCGGGGUGUGGGGUCUUUUCCAAUUUCAAUCACCACUAAUGAUUUAUCCACUGAUUGUCGUAUAACGCAGCAGCUACAUAAAUGGGUCCUUUUAUUUUGUCCAAUAAAUCUCUAUUUUACUAGUUUUUGGUCAUCUUUUGUCCUGUUAGAGAAAAAGGAAACUUUUGCUGCCAUGGAAAUCAAAGAAAGCUCUGAUAGUUGCAACCAAAGGCUAUUGGGAAGAGUUGCUUUAGUCACUGGAGGUGCAAGUGGUAUAGGAGAGAGCACAGUACGCUUGUUUCACAAACACGGCGCGAAAGUAUGCAUUGUUGAUAUUCAAGAUGAACUUGGACAACGCGUUUGUGAGUCCCUUGGCGAUGAACAGAACGCGUGUUUCAUCCAUUGCGAUGUUACUUCAGAAGCUGAUGUUAGUCAUGCUGUUGAUUUUGCUGUUCAGAAAUUUGGGACACUUGAUAUAAUGGUUAACAAUGCUGGAGUGACAGGGCCCCCUUGUUCAAAUAUCCUCGACUAUGAACUUUCUGUCUUCGAUAAUGUGCUUGAUGUGAAUGUAAAAGGAAUUUUCCUAGGAAUCAAACACGCUGCUCGCAUAAUGAUUCCACGAAAAAGUGGAUCAAUUGUGUCGUUAGGCAGUAUAGCAGGGUCUGUUGGUGGCCUUGGGAAUCAUGCUUAUACAGCUUCGAAAUUUGCUGUUGUGGGACUUACUCAAAAUGUGGCAGCUGAGAUGGGGAAACAUGGCAUACGUGUGAAUUGUGUUUCACCUUACGCGGUUGCAACUGGAUUGGGCCUGGCUCACGUGCCCCCCGAUCAAAGGAAAGAUGAUGCCAUCGCGGAUUUUCAUUCUUAUUUUGGCAAGUUUGCCAACCUGCAGGGCGUGGAUUUGGUGGCUCGGGAUGUUGCUAAUGCUGUGCUGUUCUUAGCCAGUGACGAAGCGAGGUAUAUAAGUGGGCAUGAUCUGAAGGUUGAUGGUGGUUUAUCAAGUGUCAAUCACUCCCUUGGGGUGUUCAGAUAGAUACCAUACUACAUUUAUCAUGAUUUUUUUAGAAAGCUGAGAGAUUGUAAUCUUGAAAAACUUUUAAACAAUUAUGUUCGUGACUUUCAUCAAUUCAAAUAAAAAACCUUUGCAUAGUA